GAAACCCUCUGGUUUCAUCAAAGCUAAAACCCUAAAAAAGUUCCAGAGGAGUCAGAAAGCUCCGAGCUUUGAGAUGGACACUGGUGCCUCUUACCAAAGAUUCCCAAAGGUCAAAAUCCGUGAGCUUAAAGAUGACUACGCCAAGUUCGAGCUUCGUGAGACCGAUGUAUCAAUGGCCAACGCUCUCCGUCGCGUUAUGAUCUCCGAGGUCCCAACCGUUGCAAUCGAUCUCGUCGAAAUCGACAUUAACUCAUCUGUGCUCAACGACGAGUUCAUCGCUCAUCGAUUAGGUCUCAUCCCUCUCACUAGCGAACGCGCUAUGAGCAUGCGCUUGUCCCGAGAUUGCGAUUCUUGUGAUGGAGAUGGACAGUGUGAGUUCUGCUCUGUUGAGUUUCGUCUACAAGCUAAAUGUGUCACUGACCAAACCCUAGAUGUCACUAGUAGGGAUCUUUACAGUACUGAUCCUACUGUCACUCCUGUCGAUUUCACUCUCGAUUCGUCUGGAACUGAUUCAAGCGAGCAAAGGGGAAUUAUCAUAGUGAAGCUGCGCCGGGGACAAGAAUUGAAGCUUAGAGCGAUAGCUAGGAAAGGAAUUGGGAAAGAUCAUGCAAAAUGGUCUCCUGCAUCUACUGUUACGUUUAUGUAUGAGCCUGACAUCAACAUUAAUGAAGAUAUGAUGGAUACUUUGACAGAAGACGAAAAAAUUGACUUGAUUGAGAGCAGCCCGACCAAAGUCUUUGGCAUUGAUCCAGUCACUAGACAGGUUGUGGUGGUUGAUCCGGAAGCAUACACUUACGAUGAAGAGGUGAUUAAGAAAGCUGAAGCCAUGGGGAAACCGGGGCUCAUUGAGAUCCAUCCGAAAGAUGACAGUUUUAUAUUCACUGUUGAAUCAACAGGUGCAGUGAAGGCUUCGCAGCUGGUACUGAACGCCAUAGAUAUCCUGAAGCAGAAGCUUGACGCAGUCCGUCUCUCAGACGACACUGUAGAAGCCGAUGAUCAGUUUGGUGAACUCGGUGCUCAUUUGCGUGGAGGAUGAGCUUGUGGUAGACUUGAGGUCCAUGUUUUGCCCGUUUGAUUCGGGUUUGAGUGUCUUUUGGACUACCAGUAUAUUAACCGUAGGGGCACACUCUUGUUAGAUAACAACUUGUGAAGCAUUGAGUCUUCUGUUGUCCCUGACCUGUGAUCAUUUCGUUCUUAAAUCUUGUUAUUAAGUGAAUUGAAACUAAUUUCUAUUCUUGAA